AUGUCUACAACCUCGCCGAAGAGAAAAACCCCGUACCACCAUCAUCAUGUCCUGACACACAGGCCUCCACCUGUCCCAACCAGGGAACCUGCAUUACUCAACCAUGAGCUGGUCGACAAGUUGCUGAUCGACAGCAUAAAGGCAAUAUGCGAAGAGGUGGCAGUGCAAGAGAAGAUAGAAUUCCCUGUGAUUGAGUCAGUGGCUCUAGAGUCACUUGCGGCUGCCGUAGAUGAAUUCAUUCUCAAAUUCCUUUCCAAAGUCCGUCGAUCUAUGCUCGCAGGUCGGCGGACCGCACCUAUACCAACCGACUUUGAGACCGCCAUCCAAGUCCUUGACAUUCCGAGGCCAGACGACCAGUUGAGAUCCUAUGUGACACAACCUCCCAUUAAUCAACCGCUUUUACCUACUCCACCUCCCGAAGACACUUUCCACAACGUAGUGAAACUCCCAUCCGACUUCCUAGGCCCUGAGCUUGACGGUCACGGACAGCUGCAGAGAUUCGGUUUCAAUACCUCCAGUCUACCUCCUCUACCCUCUGCGCACACAUUCCGAGACACGGCCCUCUUUCCCACGCUGGAAAAGGAUACGCGGAAGAUUCGUGAACUGGCAACGCAAGAAGGCAAGCUGGGCGAACAAGCAUUGCGCAAGUUGGCAGGAGCUGUCAAACUGGAUGCGGCCCAUCCGCUAGAGUUCGAGGCCUUGAAAAAGAAGACGGCACCCGCGCCUAGGAAGCGUUGGAAGAAUGGCGUCAGUCUCUCCGAAGAAGCUAUAUUUGAAGAAACUUUGAGAGACCUGCUCGCCAAAGAGCCUGGAGGAUUCGAGUUGGGUCCCAUAGUCACAUGCGAAAAGGCGUACCGGAUGCCAGACGAUGCGCAAGUGAAAAGAAGGGCACCGGUCGGGGCUGCACGUAGACCAGGAUCCGCAGCUGCCGAAGCCGAUGUGAUGGAGCUUUGA